CAUUAAUGUUCCCAACCGAACUAGACCUCCUCUCCAGUAUCGAUUCGCCUCAGCCUCAAAUCUUUCCCAAUUCGACUCCCAACUGAGAAAAACUCCGUCAAAUCCCUGAAACCAAACCCUAAUUUUUUUCUUUUUCGGGCCCCAUGGCGUCGUCGAAGCCUCUGGACCUCGAAAUCACAGUCGUCUCCGCAAAGCACCUCAAGAACGUCAAUUGGCGCAACGGAAUCCUCAAGCCCUACGCCACUUUCUUCAUCGACCCGGACCACCGCAUCGCCACCCGACCCGACGAAACCGGCUCCACAGAACCAGUUUGGAACGAGCACUUCGUCCUCCCAAUUACUCGCCCCCUCGAUCACUCCGUUCUCACCCUCCAAAUCUUCCAUUCGAGACCAUCCGAAACCCCCAAACCCCUCGUCGGAACCCUCGAAUUCCCACUCAGCAACCUUGCGGAUACCGACGAGUCGACUCAGGCGAUCUGCAGCCUCGAGCUCCUUCGGCCUUCCGGACGUCCUCAGGGCAUGGUCCGAGUGAAACUCGCCCUCCGAUCGCGUCCUUCUCCACCGCCGCCGCCGCCUCAGCCGGAUUACCAUACUGCCCCUUACACUAAUAAUUAUUACUCUUCUGCCCCUCCUGCGACUCCGCGCGAUUACAUGGAAUGUCCUCCUACAUCGUCGUACUCGUAUUCCAACCUACACUCGGAUUAUUGUUCUCCACCACCGCCUCCAUAUCCCCGACCGUUCGUGAACCGGGUAUCCAGUUUCGGAGCUCCGAGUUUUCCUUCCGCGCCCGUGGAUUCUUCAUCAACCAAUGACUACUACAAUCCACAGCCUCCGGUUUCCAGCUUCAGAGCAAUGGGUUUGGAAGAUGGGGUCAAGUAUGAGGAGGAGAAGAGUAAUAAUUACUGUUACACUAAGAAUUACUUUGGUCAUUGAAGAUUGAAGAACUUUGGUCAUUGAAGAUUGAAGAAACUGCUGUUCAUUGAAGAUUGAAGAAACUGCUGGUGGGUUUGUGGUAAAGAUAGAAAUUUUAAAGACAUUGAUUAUCAAUCUUGGUGGUUUUUUUUUUUUUUUUUUCUUAUAUAUAUAUAUAUAUAUAUUUAUAUAUAUUUGCAAAGCGUACUAGUGUAUAUAGUAUAAUUUUCCAUUGUUAUUUGGAAUGGAUGUUUAACAAACGGAGUAGUAAAGUUCAACUUAUUUUGUGUGAAUGUAUUGGUUUUCUGAAA